UACGUACUUGGCAAGUCCGUACUUCAAGCACAGACUUGCGAGCACGCGAGUACGUACCAGCAUAGACAUCAUAUAGGUAGACGCCCCCUUCGGCCUUGGACGGCAUAAAUCGUCGGCGCCAUCUUGGUACGGGAGUUAUUUCGUCUUCGGAGUGAAGAUGCCUACUUCAUGCGCCGCUUGGGGCUGCACCACCGUCAGGACGAUUCAAACUAGAUCGCAAGGAAUUACCUUUCACAAGUUUCCCAAAGAGAAGCAGUUGAGGAGACAGUGGGAAGUGGCUGUGAAAAGGGAAGACUUUUCUGCCAAUGAGAGGUCAAUGCUCUGUAGCCAGCACUUUCAGCCUGAGGAUUUUGACCGGACAGGCCAAAUUGUCAGGCUCAGGGAUGGAACUAAACCAUCUGUGUUCAGUUUCCCAACACAUCUCAAAAGAAAAGUGCCAGCCAGGACUACACAAGCCUCAAGGAAGGCUGAAGCGAGCCUUGUAAUUGACUGUUCUUUACAAUCAUUACAAGUCACUGAACCUUCACCUACCUACCUUGAACACCCUUAUGCAUUGCCUCCAUCUCCCACUCUUCUCAAGACUAGACUCAGUGAAGCCCUGGCUAGGGUGGAGAGUCUUGAGAAAGAGAUGAGGAACUCAAAGGCCCGAGAGUGGAGGGCGAAGAAAACAGUGCGUUGUCUUCUGGAGGACCUCAGGGGGAAGAACCUCAUAAAUGAAGAGCUGCACGAGAGGAUUGACUUAUACUCAGAUCUUCCAAUAGGCCUCCUGUCCAAACAGGGCCACGAGUACACUAAAGAGCAGAGGGAGUUUGCCCUCACUCUCCACCUGCACGGGCCCAAAGCCUACUCUUACCUGAGAGAGUCUCUCCACCUCCACCUACCACAUCCACAUACAUUGCAAAGGUGGAUGAUCUCUGUGGAUUCCAAGCCUGGACUCAACACCAUGAUGCUGGACAUGUUGAGAUGAAAAAGAGAGGAAGAUCCAGUGAAGUAUGGACGUGUGGCGCUCAUGCUGGAUGGCAUGGCCAUCAGGAAACAUGUCCAGUACAGUCCACAUUCCCAGAAAAUGACCGGAUUUGUGGACAUGGGGGAUGGCCUAAACGAGACAGAUAUUGCCACUGAGGCUCUGGUUUUUAUGGUGGUUGGCCUACAAGGCGAUUGGAAGGCUCCAAUUGCCUACUACCUGACCAAGUCUCUGACGCCCGACACACAGAAGGUCCUGCUGGUACAUGCGCUGGAGGCCCUGCAUGAGCGUGGCAUCCGGGUCAUGUCCCUCACA